AUGGAGAACACCGUGAGGAACAAGCAAGUGAUACUUAGGGAUUACAUUGAGGGUUUCCCUAAAGAGUCUGAUCUAAAGGUAGUCACAGCUUCAAACACCACGGAACUCAAGGUUAAGCCCGGAUCAAUGGCGGUUCUGGUGAAGAAUCUGUACUUAUCUUGUGACCCAUAUAUGGGGAUUCGCAUGAGAGAACCAAAUCCUUCGACUUUAGCUCUUAUAGAUGCUUUUGUCCCUGGCAAGCCUAUAGCUGGAUUUGGAGUGUCUAAGGUCAUAGAUUCUGAUGAUCCAGUUUUUGAAAAGGGCGAUUAUGUUUGGGGACUCGUCGAUUGGGAGGAGUAUAGUACUAUUCACCCGAUUGGUAUAUUCAAAAUUGAUAUCAAUAUCAAUGUUCCUCUCUCUUACUACACUGGAAUUCUCGGCAUGAUAGGUUUGACUGCUUAUGGUGGGUUUUUCGAGAUAUGUUCACCUAAGAAAGGAGAAACGGUAUUUAUCUCUGCGGCUUCUGGUGCGGUUGGCCAGCUCGUGGGUCAGUUUGCUAAGUUGAUGGGCUGCUAUGUUGUUGGAAGUGCCGGUAGUAAACAAAAGGUCGAUAUCUUGCUGAACAAAUUUGGAUUCGAUGAUGCAUUUAAUUACAAGGAAGAACCUGAUCUUGAUGCCGCCUUAAAGAGGUGUCUACCACAAGGCAUUGACAUAUACUUCGAGAACGUGGGAGGAAAAAUGCUUGACGCGGUGCUAAUGAACAUGAAAGAUAAUGGACGCAUUGCUGUAUGUGGUAUGAUAUCUCAGUACCAUCUUAAAGCCAAUGAAAGGAUUCAAAAUCUACCGUUUGUUAUCGUCAAGAAGAUCAAGAUGCAAGGGUUUGUCUGUUUUGACUUCCUCAAUAGCUUCCCUAAGUUCUUGGAGUUUGUGCUUCCAUGUAUUAAAGAAAGGAAGUUAAUAUAUGUUGAAGAUAUCGUUGAAGGACUAGAGAAUGGUCCUGCUGCUCUUGUUGGACUCUUCCAUGGACAAAACGUAGGGAAGCAAGUUCUUAAAGUUGCUCGAGAAUGA